AUGGUGAAGCACGGUGUGAGUCCCGCCACAACCUCGAGCACUGCACACACAGGUGUGAGUCCUGACACAACCUCGAGCGCUGCUCACACAGGUGUGAGUCCUGCCACAACCUCGAGCACUGCUCACUCAGGUGUGAGUCCUGCCACAACCUCGAGCACUGCUCACACAGGUGUGAGUCCUGACACAACCUCGAGCGCUGCACACACGGGUGUGAGUCCCGCCACAAUCUCGAGCGCUGCACACACAGGUGUGAGUCCCACCACAACCUCGAGCACUGCUCACACAGUCCCCCAUGGCUGGCCCCGUGUGCCCGCUGUGGCCACGCCUCAGUGGAGCUCCUCUCUCUUCCCCACCAGCACCAGAGCUCCCGGAGGGCAGCAGGGCUGUGCUGGGUCCCCAGGGGCCUCGGUGUGA